GACCCAAGGUAACAGUGCGCAAGCCAAGUGCUUUUUCUAAAAUAGGAUCAGCUAGCCCCUAGGAUGCAUAUCUGGAGCAAGCAAGUACUGUAGCCUCUGCCAAAAAGUCGAUGUACCGACCGACAUCCAACACUGGACUGUAGGCUACAGCAUCGACAGUGUUGCACUUGUCCGUAUGAUUAAUGUUAUUGCUCUAUGGAGUUGAGCGGUCAGUGUAUGUCACCUGCUAUGUUCGACGAGGAAAUGUAAGGACAAAUGUGACCCAUCGUGCCAAGUUUGCCGCCGCGUUGUUCCAGCCGGCCCACGAGCGCACCCACUUUUUCAAGCACUGCCGUCGCACGCAGUCAGAAAGAGAUUUAUGAAGCUUUCAAGGCCUUUUGAUUGAUCGGCCACUCGAUGGGGAUUUCCAGAGGAGCGUCCAGCAGUGCAGCCUGCCCUCCGCCACCUCCCCGCCACCUCCCCUCCCUCUUCACCCCAGCAAGCAUACACAUCAUGAAACUGGUAUUAACUGAAUGGCAAUCGAUAUGGAUUUUUAAUAAUUAUAGUAGACAGUAAAUACCACCCACACCCACACCCACAUACACACACACACACACGCACGCACACACACACACUCACACUGACUCUCACACACACACACCACACUCCACGGACACCACACAUCACACACACUCACAUUUACAUAUUUACACAAGUCUACGCUCAAAGGGAGUGACCUCAUGCCAAAGCCAUAUCCAGGCAACAGUACCAAAUAACGCUGUGAUGCUGCUAGGAGCAUCCAUGAGAAGAAGAUAUUGAACAAGAUUUCAAAAAAGUGUAAGAUUGCAACAACACAGGCUGAAGCACCAGAGGAAUGUAUUUUUGAGUUUUGCGUUUUUGCCCGAUUUUGUUUUUGGCUAUCACUCAUUAUUGAGUUACCUCGACAACACUGUGACCAAGACGAUCGGACUGCACAGGGAUUGUACUUUUUUGUUCCUAAAGAAACCAAGUUUGUUACAGUUGGUGAAGUUGAUGGUUUUUUUUUCUCCAAGUAAACAAACCAACAAAGAAACACACAUAAACACCAUCGUUUGUCACUCGUACUGAGCCACUCAGUUCAGUUGGCUCUGAGAGUUCAGGUCAAAGGUCAAACAGAGCCCAGGCCGCUUCUUCAGACCCCUCCCUCUCUCUCUCGCCCUCUCACCCACCCGUGUGCAUGCCGGCGUCGACCAUGGCUCCUCAGAACACUGACGCCGACGCGGUGCAAGUGACGGGGGUGGUGGUGGUGCCGGGGAGCAAAUGCGGUAGCAUGGAGAACGGAGGAGAGAAAAGAGGAGGAGGAGGAGGACAUGGAGGUAAAGGUGGUGGAGGAGGAGGAGAAAAAGGAGGAGGAGGAGGAGGAGGAGGAGGAACAGGAGGAGGAGGUGGUAAGGAUGUGGAGAGCCAGGAGGAGUCGCUGAGUGAGGCCUCUAUAGACCGCAUCCCACUGCGCCAGUGGAUCAUGCACGGAGCCGUCAUGUUCGGACGAGAGUUCUGCUACGCCAUGGAGACGGCCCUGGUCACCCCCGUCCUCCUGCAGAUAGGUCUUCCAGAGCAGUACUACAGCUUGACAUGGUUCUUGAGUCCCGUCCUGGGCCUGAUCUUCACUCCUCUGAUUGGCUCGGCCAGUGACCGCUGCACGCUGCGAUGGGGCCGCCGUCGCCCCUUCAUCCUGGCGCUGUGUGUGGGCGUGCUGCUGGGCGUGGCUCUCUUCCUCAACGGCUCCCUGAUAGGUCUGGCCAUUGGCGACGUGCCAAAUGACCAGCCCAUCGGGAUCGUUCUGACGGUGCUGGGGGUGGUGGUGCUGGACUUCUGUGCGGACGCCACGGAGGGCCCCAUACGAGCGUACCUGCUGGACGUAGCCGACACUGAGGAACAGGACAUGGCACUUAACAUCCACGCUUUCUCUGCAGGCCUGGGUGGUGCGGUGGGCUACGCGCUGGGAGGCCUGGACUGGACCCACACCUUCCUGGGCCAGGCCUUCAAGUCCCAGGAGCAGAUCCUCUUUAUGUUUGCCGCCAUCCUCUUCACCGUGUCGGUGGCGCUGCACCUGUGCAGCAUAGAGGAGCUGCAGUACAGCCCACAGCAGGACCGGCUGGAGGAUGACGAGGAGGAGGAGGAGGAAGAGGCCGACACCAUGUCCACCACCGCUAAGCUGGCCAACGGCAGCCUGGGCCGCCCCCACCCACACCUCCAGCUCCUGGAUGACCAAGAUGAUGAUGAGUAUGCGGACGAACGCUGCGAUCUCUACUACGAGGACGAGCAGCGUGACGAUGAUGACGAUGACGAUCGUUGCCGGGAGAUGGACUUCCUGGACGUGGAGAUGGUGCGGAGUAAGAGCGACUCGGUGCUAGCCAUGGCCGACGCCACGCUGGACCAUCUGGAGCCCGACGCCUCCUUCCUACGCCUGAUCGAACCCUCCAUCUUCCAGGACCGGCUGUCAUCGUAUCACGGCUCGCCUCCACGUCGCAGUAGCAGCGUAGACAGUCGUGACUUCCUCCGAAUGUCCAGCAGGGGGAGUGGUGGUGGUGGAGGCGGUGGUGGAGCGAGCACCGCGGGGAGCGGAGGAGGGGGAGGCACGGCGCGAUACAGCCGGCUGUCGGCCUUCCUCCAGGAGAUGGAGAGAGAGGGAGGCGAGGAGGAGCUUCUCAACAACCAGCUGGACGAGUCGCCCAACAAGUCGGCCAACGGCCGCGCCCACGCCAACGGCUAUGCCAACGGGCGCCCACGCAACAGCACCACCACCAGCGCCGGCGGCGGCGGCAUGAAGUCGUCCAGCGCCAACGCGUCCAUCCGCCGGCGCCGGCACACCUUCUACCGGCAGCCCUCGUGCACGUUCUCUUACUACGGCCGAGUGGGCUCGCACCGCUAUCGCUACCGGCGUGCUAACGCCGCGCUACUUAUCAAGCCCUCACGCAGCAUGAACGACAUCUACGAGAUGCAGAAGCGGCAGCGCCGGAAGAAGCACACGGGAGGCAAUGACGGGGCCGUGCGCGGCGUCAGCGUUAGCGGCACGAACGGGAGCGGCGGCACUGGUGGGGCCGGCGGCAGGCUCCGCGGGCGUCACCAGAGCGGCAAUACCAACUCGAGCGGCGACACAGAGAGCGAGGAAGGGGAGGUUGAGACCACCGUGCGGCUGCUGUGGAUGUCCAUGCUGAAGAUGCCGCGGCAGCUGAUGAGGCUCUGCAUAUGCCACCUGCUCACGUGGUUCUCCAUCAUCGCAGAGGCCGUCUUCUACACCGACUUCAUGGGACAGGUCAUCUACGCCGGAGACCCCAAGGCUCCUGCCAACUCCACCGCGCUGUAUAACUACCACAAAGGAGUUCAGAUGGGAUGCUGGGGUCUCGUCAUCUACGCUGCCACUGCUGCGGUCUGCUCAGCUUGUCUCCAGAAGUACCUGGACAACUUUGAGCUGAGCAUCAAGGUGAUCUACAGCCUGGGCACGCUGGGCUUCGCGGUGGGCACGGCCGUCAUGGCCGUCUUCCCCAACGUCUACGUGGCCAUGACCAUGAUCAGCAGCAUGGGCGUCAUCUCCAUGAGCAUCUCCUACUGCCCCUACGCCCUGCUGGGACAGUACCACGAGAACAAAGAGUACAUCCACCACAGCCCCGGCAACUCCAAGCGCGGCUUCGGCAUCGACUGCGCCAUCCUGUCGUGCCAGGUGUACAUCUCCCAGAUCCUGGUGGCGUCGGCGCUGGGCGCGGUGGUGGAGGCGGUGGGCAGCGUGCGCGUCAUCCCCAUCGUGGCCUCCGGGGGAUCCUUCCUGGGCUUCCUCACCGCCUUCUUCCUGGUCAUCUACCCGCAGGACGGAGACAACCACCACCACGGGCACCACGGCCACAAGGGCGGCGGUAGCGAGCAGACCAAAGCGCUGACGUCCUCCUCCGCCAACUCGACUCUGAAAGGUCACCACCGUGGCGAGGAGGACGAGGAGGAGGUGAUGGAGAAACCCAGCGUGCUCAAGCUGACGCGGAAAGGCACCAAGGUGGAGUGCAAAGUGGAGUGUGAGUCUACGCUGUAGAAACGGCAGCCUGACCUGGGCAGUCUAGUACAUGUGGCUGAGACGAAAACACCAGACCUACCAACUGCUGGAGGAAAAAAAACAAAGCAAGCGUGAAGUUACUGUAUGUGAACGAAUGCAGACGAAGCAGCUCCUCAACACUCUGCAAAAUGAUUGUGAUGAACAGCACCUUUGUUAGCAUGGACACACACACAGCCUACACAC